AUGACAACCGUACCACUUAGAGGUGGUAGUUUAAACCAACCAGUGCUCCCCAACAGUCCAUCAUCAACUCCAGGUUUGGAUCCUCGUCUUUUUGAAGGCUAUAGCAGCCUGACUAGCACGCUAACCUAUGCCCUACACUUGGCUUCAGGCGCAAAGAACCCCAAACCGUCUGUCCAGCUUCCAACGACCACAGCUCAUUAUCCUGCAACCACAACACCUACAUCGCCACCUGCAACGAGUCCGCAAUAUCAGACUCAGUCGCAUCAAGGUAUGAUGGCUCGUCCUCCAGCACCGCAGUAUGCUGGGCAAGUUAGACCAACCACCACUACAAGCCCGUUGAGCGAGACGUCUUACAGCCAAGCAGGCUAUAGUAGUAGCAGUGGUGCUAACUACACGACGCAACCACCAACAACACAGUCGUAUGCGCUUCCUCUGUCGCCGACAUCGAAUGCUGGAAGUUACGCUGGAGGAUAUGCACUUCCCGCAACCAGUAGUAGCAGUAGUGGUCUAGGCUCAUCGAGUGGAACCCACGUGGGUGGAUAUGCGCUGCCUUCAAAUAGUACAGGAGGGUAUGCCCUUCAAAUGACGCCGCCAUAUAAUAGUAACGCAGCCGGGGCGGCUCCGCCAGGAGGUUCAACUGUAUCAGCAUCGUCACAACGUAGUAAUCCAACAUCACCAACAUCAUCAUCAAUGCAGUCUGGCGCAACACAACCAUCCGCAGCUGGCCAUAAACCGAAUGGGUUGUUCAACAUCUUUCGUAAAUCAGCCAGAAGGGCUUCGAUAGAUGGUAAUUCGGCAUUGGCACAAAUGAGACAUCACCAUGAUCACCGUGACGGUGAUUCUCAGCAACAUAAUUGGUAUCCUGAUCAGCAGCAGCAACAAUCGAUGGCAUCACUGCCACCUGCUACGACAAGACAACAACCGACGCAAUAUGCAUCAGCUCAGAUGGCCCUAGCGCAAGAACUAAAGGCUAUUCAACUAGGCACACCGAGGACGGCUGGACCGUCUCCGGCAUCUGUAUAUCCACCCGCAACUUCAUCCAACUCUGGGUACCUAUCAGCUCCACCGAAUGGAGUAGUAUCAGCUUCAGUAGAUAGGGUCAUGAAGUCUCACACUGAAUCAGAUCCUAGAAGGGUCGCAUCAGCUGAGAACUUGGCCUUGGAAGCAAGGACGCCAUCACGAGCCUCUGAGAAUGGACGGCCGUCAUCAGGAGAAUUACCUACUGGGUUCCAACUACCCGUGCGAAAGUCGUCGGUGCCACGAGCAUAUGGUAUGGAUGCUAGUCUGGAUGAUCGCGCAGUAUUAUCGACACCUGCUGGUCAAGUGUCGCCAAUAGCUAGUCUUCCUCGAGGCACGGCCAUUCCACCACGAGGUGACUCUGCUCGAGCUAUGGCUGAUGUGAACAAUAUCCCGGCAAAUAUGCACUCCUCUAGCCGACCUGUGUAUAAUAAUACAACAGACGACAAAGUAUCUAUAUCCAGUCCAACACAGACAGUUAGUGAGAUGAGCAGUCCUAGUAUGGCAGAAGAUGAAAUGGAUAUCCCUGAAGGAGAAUACGACGAGGAGUAUGAAGAAGAGGAGGAAGAGGAAGAACAAAUGGAAUAUAUAGACGAAGAGGAUUUAUUAGAAGACGAGGAUCCAUGGGACGAAUUGGAUGAAGAAGUGGCACGUAAUACCGAACUGAACGCCAUGAUUGAUCAAAUCGAAAAUGCUGGACCAGUGAAAGCCAGUCAUAGUAAGAAUGUAAACUUUAAUCCUAUGGUGGCUGAAGUCAGGGGAGAUGGUGCGCAAAGCACCACGUCGUUGCUUGCACCCGCACCUGUAAAUCCAGAGGCAGCUGCAGCAGCCUAUGGAUCAUAUCCCACGCUCGGUGCAUUCGAAUAUAUGCCAGGAGCUUCAGCUGUGUCUAAAGCCAUAUCAGGAGGCUGGGCACAAACGGACGGUCAGCAACAACAGCAGCAGCAACAGCAACAGCUACUACUGCAACAACAGCAGAUGGCAGCACGACCCCGUAAGAAAGUCCGUCAUGUGCAAAUACAAGCUCGAGGACCACCCGUCGCGCAUAUUGCCAUACAAACCGACCCAGUUACCUCUGAUCCGCAAUAUGAUGCCAUGUCUGCAGAAUUGGAUGCUUUAACAGCCUCCAACCAAACCCAAUCGUCACGAGAAAAAGCACUACAGCUAGAAGUGACUGAGCUGCAAGAAGUUUUGCAGCAGUUGCGAACACAAGCUGAAGAAAGUAAACUGGAACGGGAGAAACAGGUUAGGGAGAUGGAAUCUGCUAAGGCCAAGUUUGAUCGGUUGUCUGCUCAAGCGUAUAAAAAGAUUAUGGCGCUGGUGAAGGAUAAAGAGGCGUUGGAUGGUCAAGUUUCAAGUCUUCAAGCUCAGUUAAAACAAGCUGAAUCACAAACCAAGCUCGUCACCAUGGAGGUAGACGAAGCAGAAGACACUAUCGAGCAGCCAUUCACUCAGGAAGCAGACUUUUCAUCAGAUGCAAGCUCUGAAGAUGGCAACGCCAUGGACACUGACACAGACAUUCUUUCGUUGGAAGAGUUGGUUCAAGCUACAGAGCAGCUGGUAAUCAAUCCCUACCAAUACGAGCUUCACAUCAAGUACAUCAAGACGCUCAAGACGCAUUCGAUAUUGGACGAACUACGGACUGCACGUGAAGCAUUUGCGAAUGCGUAUCCACUGUCUGAAGGAAUAUGGAUGGAAUGGCUUCAAGACGAGCGACGAUUAGCGUCCAGCAUGGAAGAAAAACGAGAUGUCCUCAAACUAUAUGCUCGUGCUGUGACUGAUUACCUUUCCAUCGAGAUAUGGCGUGAUUACAUUGACUACGUCGUGGAAGAAUACGUGCAAGGAUUAGCUGUAUCCGCAGAUGAUCCAGAUGCCUUGUGGUUGACGCUUGAGGAAGUCAGGGGGGUUUGUAAUCAGGCAAUGACCAAUACGGGGAAUCACGUUUCUAAAAGUCAUGUUAUUUGGAAUGCUUGUCGUGAUUUUGAAGUUGCAGUGUUGGAGGUUCGAAACAUGUAUCGAGAUCGACUGAAGAUUCCUCAUUCAGCAAUCCAAGAUACAUUCAGUGACUAUUCCAGCUUUGAAACCAAAUACGAUAAUGCCAAUUACGAGAAACACUUGCAAUCUGCUAGCUCUACACAAUCAGCAACCCAAAAGCAUCUGCAAAAGCUGGAUCAGUUUGAGAUGAAGCUGGCACAGAAUGAGGAUAACCUACAGACAUACAGAUCAUACCUUGACUAUGAAUUGAGCUCAAAACCCAUGGACAAGAAUCGAGUCAAAACUUUAUAUGAACGUGCUCUUUCCAAGCAUUGUCUUGAUGUUACUCUCUGGGAUGAUUACCUUGCUUAUCUCUUCUCGUCUUUGAAAGGAGCAGCUACAAUGUUGCCAGUUGCUGAACGAGCUGUGCGAAAUUGUAGUUGGAGUGGUGACUUGUGGGCACAUUUGAUUCGUCUUCAAGAAGAGUUCAAAAAGUCAAAGGAAGAUAUCAAAGCUACUAUGGAACGAGGAUUAGCUAUGGUCGCAGCUGUAGCAUCUUUGGAAGAAUCAUACAAAGUGUGUGAUGCGUAUUGUCGAUUUGAAGCACGUCAAAUCCAAGCUGAUGACGCCAAUGCUGAACAAACGAUUGGAGAAAUGAGACGUGCAUUUACAGAUGGCAUCAAGUAUUUGAAAGAAAAGUUUCCUCCAGGAGAUCCAUAUUAUCGACUCGAAAAAUGUCGAAUACAGGCUGAGGUUCACCAUGCCAAGUCGAUCGAUCGAGCUCGCAAAUUAUACGAAGAGUACAUCAAGCGACGUUCAACCAGUUCUGAAUUGUGGAGUGAAUUUGCUCAAUUCGAAAAAGAACACGGUACAGCACUGGCAGUACGAACCGUCUAUCGACAAGCCGUUUCCAAGAAUCUAGAUUGGCCAGAUAGAAUCAUACAGGAUUGGUUGCAAUUCGAACAAGAGUUUGGUACUGUGACAACCUAUUAUGAGACCUAUAGUCGUACCAAGCAAGUCAUGAAGGCAUUAGCUGCCACCCAACAAAGGCAAGCUGAGAGAGCUGCCCAAGUUGGUAUGACUGGUGUCGGCAUGGAACAACAAUACGCCCAAGAACCGUUGAUGCAACCUGUUAUACACUCGCAACAGUAUCAGCAGCAACAGCAACAGGAGGGUCCUCGACCAAAACAAAAGAGGGAAAAGGCUGAACCUCAAAAGAGCAAACGAAAGGAUCGUUCAGACAAAGAAACAGAAUCUGCUGCUACCGAAGAAGACCAUCCGCCUGCCAAACGUCAAAAGAAGGGCAAGCAACCAGCUAAUGCACCAGAACCCGAACACGCUGAUGCUAUCAUGAGUGAAGCGAAUCCUGAAGCACCACAAAUGAUUCCCGAUGAAGAUUACAAAGUUAUCGACAAUUCAUUUGCUGAUUACACAGUGUUUGUGAUUGGAGUUUAUGAUGAGGCAUUGAUACGAGACGCUUUCAAGGAGUGUGGAACCAUCACUGACGUUCGAGUGGCUGAUGAUGGAGUUCUUGUCGAGUUUAAAGAUGUGAGCUCUGCUCGAUCAGCUUUGAAACUGAAUGGAACGAUUGUUGGUGAAGCUCCUCUGAGCGUCAAACCAUGUCGCCCUCAAAAGCGAGUAUGGGAAUUCUCAAAGGACAAGGAUCCAAGUACUGUGUAUGUCAGUCAUCUCCCUAUUGGAGUGGAGAAGAAGUGGCUGAGAGAAAAGUUUGAGCAAUUUGGUAACGUACGCGAAGUCAGAAUGCGUGAAAACAAGUCUGUUUCAUUUGCAUAUGUCGAGUUUACUGAUUCGGAAUCUGCAAGCAAGGCAUUGGCUCUCAACAACACUAUUGUAAGAGAUGCUUGUCCACCUAUGAGUGUUGCCAUAUCGAAUCCUCGUGUUAAGGAUCAACAAAACCGAGCCAGCAAUGAGGUGUAUAUAACUAACUUGCCCAAGGCGUGGGUUGAAGAUCAAGUGCAAGAGUUUUGCAAAGAGUGUCAAGGCCUCAAACAUAUCCGAGUCCUUCGAGACAAAGAUGGCAAUACUAAGGGUUCUGCCUUUGCAGAGUUUGAAACACCUGAACAUGCCAAAGCAGCACUAAUUUUGAAUGCUCGGGAAGCCGAUGGUCGAGUUGUUGCAGUCGCGUUGGCUGAUCCAAAUAUCAAACGAAAAGAUAAUCGUAAAGACAGAAAGCAAACUCAUGAUAGUAAAGAACAUGAACGUGAUGAACAAGCAAGUCGUGGUGGUGGACGAGGAAGCUCUCGUGGUCGUGCAGGUCUUGGGUUUUCUGGUGGUGGUCGAGGACGUGGUCGUGGAGGAUUUGGCGGUGGUGAUGGUAGCAGUCAGCAUGAAGAUUCUGACCGCUCUUCUGGCAACACGCCUCGUGGUAGUGGCAGUAAUUUCCAGCCUCGUGGGAGUGUUAGAGGUAGAGGUCGAGUUACCGUUCAACAACCAUCCCCAGCUCAACAACAGCAACAACAACCUGCAAGCACCACAGUCGAAGUUGGAAACAAGAAUCAAGAUUUUUUCAGAUCAUUGAUAUCAAAGUAA